AUGUCCAAUUCCACAUCAGCGUCGACUCAGACGACCCAAACUUCUACAACCGUAGCAUCGCUGAAUACAUCAACGCCACCAAAGAAUGAAACUGAUCAAGCGUCUCCUGAUGGUUUGCCGCUCGAACCUUCAAUAACACCUGCGUUAGGAGCCGCCGGAAUCAUCCUCCUCGCUAGCGGUUUAAUUCUUGCGCUGAUCGGGAUACGGAACUUACGGCUUCAAGUUUUCCUAUCAACCACUUUAUUGACCGCGCUAGGAGUAACCGUUCUCAUCAUAUAUGUAAUGAGUCCUCCGGUCCGUGAUGCUAUACAAGGAGCAUAUCUUGUCGCUGUUUUCUUCACGGGGAUUACGUUUGGCGCUCUUGCAAUUGUCUUCAAAGAGCUGACCGAGGGACUUGGGUGUCUACUAGGAGGGUUCUGCAGCAGCAUGUGGCUUCUAUCUCUGAAGCCGGGAGGCCUCCUAACAGAAACCGAUUCGAAGAGUGGGUUUAUCGGAGCAUUCUCGGUGGUAUUUUAUGCUCUGUCAUUUAGUCAAUACACGCGCCCCUACGGCCUUAUAGUAUCAACUGGGAUUUCUGGAGGUACUGCUGUUGCACUUGGGAUUGACUGCUUUAGUCGGGCUGGUUUAAAAGAGUUCUGGCUUUACAUGUGGGCUCUCAAUAAUAACGUCUUCCCUCUUGGUACAAAUUCAUAUCCGGUGACUCGCAAUAUCCGUGUUGAGCUUGCUGCUACGGUAAUCAUUACUAUUCUCGGAGUUGUUUCGCAACUUAAGCUCUGGCGCGUUAUCAGAGAACGGAGACAUAAGGACGAGCAAAUACGUGCAGAAGAGAAGAGGAAGAAGGACGAAGCUGAGGCCGAGGUUUCCAAGCGAUUAGAGCAAAAUAACAUGAAAGAGCGAUUGGAAUGGGAGGCCAAGUACAACAACACUGGACCUAGCAUCCCAGAGCUCCCCGGUGAUGCUAAAUGUCCUGCGGAUAUUGAGGUGGAGAAGGACGAAGGUGCUGAGAGCAUUACGAGAUCUUCCGAGCGGUCAUAUUGGUGCUCAGAUUGCAGGGAUAGGGAAGCGAAUGGUGAAUCUGCCUAUGCCUCUUCAGUUACUUCCGAUACAAGCGAGGCUACUGAGGGCAGCCAGACACGACAGCAGGAAUAUAUGGGUAAAACUAUAGAAGAAGAUGCUCCCAUGCAACCUCUUGGCGAUGGAGAUACGGCUCCAGCCAAAAUGGUUAACGGUGCAAUUGCAGCGCAAAUGACUGAUGAUAAGAGCUCGGAUAUGACCGCCAUUGUUGGCUCGGAGACUGGUACAGUACUCUAUGAGAAGAUUUCUGAAAAAUGCUCCUGGGAUACAACGUCUGUAAGAAGCAUUGUGCGACCUGUUUCACAGACAGAGGAGGCGCCCGUUGCCGCCAAAGACGAUUCUUCACCCACGCGUGGAAAAUUGGACGCAAAGAAUGCUUCUACGUCUGAUAACCAUACACUUGAAGCGGCUGGUGACAAUACGACAGAAACUAUCCCAGAUGCCAAGGGGAAUGCAGUAGGGCAGAUACCUGUCGUCAAGGAAAUUCCUUCUUCCCCGAAAGGUGACUCCGGAGAAAGUGUGGAUGACCGUAGUGUUUAUUCACGAGAAGUUGAGGAGCAAAAACUGUGCCCAAUGCAAAAAUUUGAUGUCAAAAAAACGAAAAAUGAUGAUGCUCUAGCCGACCAGAGUAAACGCAGCUCAUCAGCUUCAUCAUCAUCAUCACAAGGAAAGGAUGUUGCUGAUGAGUGUAAGAAGGAACAGUCUACAGAAAGUCUCCAGCAGAGUGAACAAAUAGUGGAUGCCACUGCAGUGGCUACCUCGAAAAAUAGCGGCAAAACAUGGGAAAGUGGCUCAGCGGAUAACAGCCAAAUAUCAUUUGGAGGGAAGUGUCCUAAGACAGCUGAGGUUGAUCUAUCGUCAGAGGACAAGGAUCCUUCCAAACAAAAUAAAGCCACUCUUCGGGGACAAAAGUCCCCGACAAAGUCUAAGCUUAAAGCCAAACCGAAGAAGGAAGAGCGAAACAAACUGGACACAGAAGCUGUGACACAUCUUCCCCAGCGAAACUCGAAGAUGGUUCAAACCUACCGCACGAACGAAUGGGCCAAACAGCUGACAGAUGCGGACAUCCCGGAACCAGAACCAAUCCAGCCCUUUGACGAGGAACGACCUGAACGUGCGGCUGAGGUAUCGGAAGCUGCUGCUCCUGUACGUGUCGAUGAAUUGCUGCAAACACCCUUGAAUGCACAGCCGCCUCCUGCUGUGGAGAAGCUUGCCGCUCUCGGGAGAGAGCCGAGUUAUGCAAACGAGGACCAUCGGAUAUCCAACAGCUUGCACUCGCGUCAGGCUUCCAAAUCUAAAAAGAGAUCGUCCCGAUCCAAACAUAAACAUCCCCCGUCGCCUCUCGUCUCUACAUCGAAUUCCCCCCAGUAUCUCCCCACUGCGGCCCAAUCCCAUUCCGCCCUAGAGCAAACAAAUGGCGCCUACAGCCUGCUGCCGCUAAGUCCAGGCAUCACAGACCAAUCAAAAGAGGAAACUGAAGUGAAGCCACAAUGGAAAGGCCCACGACCUCUCCUGGAGGUGCGAGAGGGCAUGAUGCGAAGUCGACUUUCAUCCUUUUCAUUGAGUUCUGAUCCAUGGUCCUCACGAACCAGUCCGGGAGUGUCAUCCACUGAGCUCUCACCCAAGCAUUCGACGUUCCCGAUUCCCGAAGAAGUCGACGACAUGCCACUUUCUCAACGUCGAACCAUGCUUCACCAGCAGGCUUCCCUGAUACCGCAGACUCCAAUGAGAUGGAGCGGGAAUAGACCCGUGUCCGUUUCAAGUCGAGUUCCAAGCCCAGCGCCCGCGCCAGUCAACGCCCACGCAGCCAUGGCUGGAUGGCGGGGGUAUGUGCGAGAAGACUUGUAUGACAAACGGAAACUGCUGGGGAAGACGAACUAUCCCGUGGCCACGGCGGGGACGGAAGAUCGGGACCCUUUCGUGCAAGCACAGCGAAAUUCUGUAUCGACGAAGGCUGGAAAUUCCGUCGCUGAGGGGAAGCAACGGGGUGAUAUGAGUGAUUUGCAUCGGAAUGCGAUGCGACGGAUGCAAGCCUUGGCCAAUCGCAAAAUGAAUGGAAAUGACCCGGCGUGA